UCCCCAUGAGUUUGUGUAGUCAGGUUUAAGUCCCCACCAGGAUAUAUAAACCAGCACACACACACACACACACACACACACACACACACAGACAGAGGCUGCACCUCUAGGGGGACUCCAGACUUCAGUGGAUAGUAGCGGCGCGUGAAGAAACAUGAAGACGAACGUGACUGUAUCAGCAGCGUGCGCGAGAAUGUAACAUCGCCCAGUCAGUCACUCGCGGUUAAACACGCUCUCGGUCAAGCGACAGAUCCACUCCGUGAUUUCGCGAUUGAAGCACGUUGCGCUGCUGAUUCAUGGGGGCUUUCGACUCAGGUGGCUGAGAGAUGCAGAGAUCUUGGCACUAUACGAGGAUUUUCUGUUGACCCUGUGCUUAAGUGGGUGUCGUGGAACUUGACAAACCCUGUGCUCAGAAAAAUGCUGAUAAUAUUAGCUCUCUACACUAAAGUAAAUGCAGUGCCUUGCUAAAAAGAGCAGUGCCACCACACAAAGGGGAAACCACACAGAAUGUCUUGGGUCAAUGGCUUUAAAUCUGCAAGAGUGGACAACCAUACGACGGCAUGGGGUGAGCGCAAUGGCAGGAAGUCAAGGCGUAAAAGGGGCACGUCCCUGUGCAACCCACGCUACAUGAGCUGUCUACGGGACCCCGAGUCUAUGGAGCCCCCAUCGCAACACUACUCCCGUGCAGCAGGGGGCGCCACCAGCAGCAACUUCAGCACACGCUGCGUUUGGCAGGAAGACCAUUAUGGCAGGAAGGGUGAUGUGGGUCUGAGAGCCGUGGACCUGGCGUUUGAAGAUUCUGAGACGAGGCAAAUGAAAGAUGGCGAGGACACCGAUGACGGUGGAGAGGAGAGGAAGGGUCCCGACAGGUGUUUGUUGACUUGCUUGUUGCGUCUGGCUCAUGUUUUUCAGUCCAAGAAGUUUAAGUCGGCCAAGCUCGAGCGGCUAUAUCAACGGUACUUCUUCAGGCUCAACCAGAGCUCUCUUACAAUGCUCAUGGGGGUCCUGGUUGUGGUUUGCGGGGUUAUGCUGGCGUUCCACUGCGUCCAAGGUCCACCAGAUGUGGCGUUUGCCUCAGUGCUCUCCGUAGCCAUGGGCCUGUUCUUAGCCUUGAUGGUGGUGUGUAACAGAAACGGCUUCCACCAGGACUACAUGUGGAUUGUGAGCUAUUUGGUCAUGGCGGUGUUAGUGGUGGUGCAGGUGUUUGGCUUGUUAAUGGUGGAUCCACCCAGUGCAUCUGAAGGGAUAUGGUGGACGGUGUUCUUCAUCUACAUCAUCUACACACUGCUGCCGGUGCGAAUGAGAGCAGCUGUGAUCACUGGAGCUGUGCUGUCCACCAUUCAUAUGAUUAUGGCAUGGAGACUCAACCUUGAGGAUUACUUCAUUACUAAACAGUUAUGUGCCAAUGCGAUGAUUUUCCUGUGCACCAACAUCAUUGGCAUCUGCACGCACUACCCAGCAGAGGUGUCUCAGAGACAGGCCUUCAAGGAGACCAGAGGAUACAUCCAAGCCAGAAUACAUCUUCAGAGAGAGAACCAGCAGCAGGAGCGCCUGCUGCUCUCUGUGUUGCCAAGGCACGUUGCCAUGGAGAUGAAGGCAGACAUCAACGCUAAGAAAGAGGAUAUGAUGUUCCACAAGAUCUACAUCCAGAAGCACGACAACGUCAGUAUCCUGUUUGCGGACAUCGAGGGCUUCACCAGUUUGGCAUCUCAGUGCACGGCUCAGGAGCUUGUGAUGACCCUUAAUGAGCUUUUUGCUCGCUUUGAUAAAUUGGCUUGGGAAAACCACUGUCUGCGGAUCAAGAUCCUGGGAGACUGUUAUUACUGUGUGUCUGGACUUCCGGAGGCAAGGGCAGAUCAUGCGCACUGCUGUGUGGAGAUGGGAGUGGACAUGAUUGAGGCCAUCUCAUUGGUGCGAGAGGUCACAGGAGUGAACGUGAACAUGCGCGUGGGAAUACAUAGCGGCCGUGUGCACUGCGGGGUGCUCGGCCUACGCAAAUGGCAGUUUGAUGUCUGGUCCAACGAUGUCACACUGGCCAACCAGAUGGAGGCGGGAGGUCAAGCAGGUGUUUUACUGCCCACUUUUACCUGUGACCGGGAGGAUCUGCUAAAAUGUGUGGCUGGACAGUUGAAUAUUUCUGAUUCGGUCACGCUGUGUCUGCUGUAUAAUCUGACUGGACUAGUAGAGGACCCCUUCGUCUUCUGUCUCGGGCAGCCUUCAGCAUGUCCUUUACCCGAGUAUUUCACAUACAGUGUGCUGCUGACUUUGCUGUGCUGCUCAGUGUUCCUGCACAUCAGCAGUAUAGGCAAGCUGGUCCUCAUGCUCUUCAUCCAGGUCUGCUUUCUGCUGCUAGUGGAGUGGCCUCUAGUCACGCUGCUAGACAACGCCGACCUGCUGGGCACCGCCAAUGCAAUCUAUUGUUAUGCACUUCUACAUUUUUUGUCAUUUCUUUGUCAGUUUACCUGUGACCGGGAGGAUCUGCUAAAAUGUGUGGCUGGACAGUUGAAUAUUUCUGAUUCGGUCACGCUGUGUCUGCUGUAUAAUCUGACUGGACUAGUAGAGGACCCCUUCGUCUUCUGUCUCGGGCAGCCUUCAGCAUGUCCUUUACCCGAGUAUUUCACAUACAGUGUGCUGCUGACUUUGCUGUGCUGCUCAGUGUUCCUGCACAUCAGCAGUAUAGGCAAGCUGGUCCUCAUGCUCUUCAUCCAGGUCUGCUUUCUGCUGCUAGUGGAGUGGCCUCUAGUCACGCUGCUAGACAACGCCGACCUGCUGGGCACCGCCAAUGCAAUGUAUUCCUUCAAUGAAACAAAUUAUUGCCAGGAAACGGUGACUAAAGUGUCUCUGAGGGUGUCGAUUCCAGUCAUCCUCACUGUAUUUGUACUGGCUCUCUAUCUGCAUGCACAGCAGGUCGAGUCCACCGCACGCCUUGACUUCCUGUGGAAGCUACAGGCCACUGACGAGAAAGAGGAGAUGGAGGAGCUGCAGGCCUACAACCGUCGUCUCCUUCACAACAUCCUGCCCAAAGAUGUGGCUGCCCACUUCCUCGCGCGAGAACGUCGAAAUGAUGAGCUCUACUAUCAGUCAUGUGAAUGUGUGGCCGUUAUGUUUGCCUCCAUAAGCAACUUCUCAGAGUUUUACACUGAACUGGAGGCCAACAAUGAGGGUGUGGAGUGCCUGAGACUGCUCAAUGAGAUCAUCGCUGACUUUGAUGAGAUCAUUUCUGAAGAGAAAUAUAAGCAGUUGGAGAAGAUCAAAACUAUUGGUAGUACUUACAUGGCAGCAUCUGGAUUGAACGACUCGACUUACGACAAAGAGGGCCGCACACACAUUCUAGCUCUUGCUGACUAUGCUAUGAGGCUACGAGAACAGAUGAAGUACAUCAACGAACACUCAUUCAACAACUUUCAGAUGAAGAUAGGUUUGAACAUUGGGCCAGUGGUUGCUGGUGUGAUUGGAGCCAGAAAGCCUCAGUAUGACAUAUGGGGCAACACCGUGAAUGUGGCCAGUCGCAUGGACAGCACAGGUGUUCCUGAUUGUAUCCAGGUGACCACUGACUUAUACCAUGUACUAGAAAGUAAGGGCUACCAGCUGGAGUACCGUGGACUGGUGAAAGUGAAGGGGAAAGGAGAUAUGGCUACUUACUUCCUCAACAGUGGUCCUGUCUGCAGUUAACACUGACCAGAUGCCUCUCAAUGCACUGAAAAGAAGGAAGGACAACAAAAGGCUCUGAAUGGGAUUUGAGCAGUUCCAAAUAUAACCACUCACUCAAGUUCUCUAGCUCACAAGCAUUAGUGGGCACAUGUGGUAUUUAUAUAUGCACCUAUUGGGAAUAAUGAGGUAUGCUCUACCUAAAAGAUUUGAUGAAGAAGUGUUGCCUUAGAUGGAGAAGACUUAGAAGAAAGUUUGGUUUUCUUUUUUAUUUUGUGGGAAAGACUUCUUCCAUACCAAAUUUGAAUUCUUUAUUUAUUUUUGACAGGUUUUAAACCAUGUAAAUAAAAAAUGAUUAUAUAUGCAAGCAUCAAGAAGAAACUGACCAAAGAACAAAGUAUUUGAUAUAGGAACACUACACACGCCUGGUAAACUGUUUGAAAUGUCAGAACAAAUGUUAUUAAUUUCUCUGGUUUUCCUUUUUUGGCCUCCUGUCACUCUCUACCACAUUGUAUUCUAUUAUAAACACUAAAGCAAAAAACAUUCUGUCUUCAUUGAAGGGCCUUAGAAACAGAAAUCCUAAUAUCCUUGUAUUUAUAGUUUGUAUGAUUUAUGAGUGAUCAACAUGUUUUUCCCUUUUAGUAUUUGUGUACAAAUGAGGUAAAUGAAGGACGAGAAUGGUACUGGACACAUUUUCCUUGGUCAUUUGUUCAUGUGUGUGGACGGUGUGUAAAUGUGUCUCUGUUAUCUUUAAAAGGGCAUAAUAGCUCACUGUGACUGUGAGGUUUAUAAAAUGAAUUUCAAAGCUUUUUUUGCCAGAUUAAGUGCUAAUUAGAUUUAAUUCUUUGCAGUUCAGUUGUUAACUGAUGUCAUGUCCUUCUCGUUUGAGUGUUACAAAAAUUUCAGCUCUUAAUUCAUUAAUGUAUAAAUCAGUGAAAAAAAUGAACCCAAAUAUGACCAAGACCUCAAAAUUCCAGCACAGUAUGGUCAGCAAUGGUUUAGUCUUCUUAAGACCCUUGUAAAUAUGCGUAAAUGCGCUGACAGAGGCCCGUUGGGUUUAGCGGUUGCAGACAAAAUUGGCUGGACUGCAAAGUUGUUCGUUUGACAGUGUUCAGCAUAAGUCCAUUUCAGCAUUUCCUCAUGAGCGCUCUUAGUCAUGCUUGCACAUUUGUCAACAUUUUUUUUUAAUUAUGCAAUUACCGGUCAAACGCAUAGGUUAGCGCUGCUGCAGAGUAUUUUUGUCAUAAUUCUGGAAUUUACCAUUUGCACUGAAUAGAUGCAUCUUGAUUGUGUUGCAAGAAACAUCCUUCAGACCUUCACCAUCCUGAACAUGAAUUUCUCAACAUGAAUGUACAUGUAUGUUUAACAUUCUCACUUUGUCAUAGACGUAAAAGCACAUAUGGUUUUUAGUUCAAAUAUGUUUGUGGUACAUGGACCUUUCAUGACCUUUUUCAUUAAAAGGUGGCAAAUCAGUAAAUUGGCCGUUUUAUUUAAGCAUAAUGUUAUCUGUAUCCAAACAACACUAGUUUGUGCAAUUUGUCAUUCAUUUCUUCUCAUUUUAAUUGCAAGUGGACAUACAGGCCACAGUCAGUAUAAGCUGGACAAAAAGGUUAAAUAUUAGGCACUUUCCAAAAAUAUGGUAUAAAAUUGUAUCGAUUGAUUUUCACCAUAUAUUUAUAACCGUAGCAAUGGUGUGCAAAAUCUGGCACUCUGCUACA